GGCAUCAUCAUUGCUUCCCCCAAUUCUUGUUCCCUCCCUCUUCUAUCCCCUUCUCUUCGAUAACCGCAACUUGAACCAUUCUAAAUCCAAAAAACAAGACCCACUUUGCCAAUUGUGCAUAAAUGAUUAUUUUGGCCUCCAAAUUCCCUUCAAAGCACCGAGAAUGAAAGCAGUGGCCUCAACCCAACGGCAUCAGCAAGAACAGAGAGCCUUCAGGGCCUUGUGCUGUGGAUGCAGUUGUAAUUGCAGGUUGAGUUUUUCAUCUUCAGAAGAAGUAGAAAGCCUCAGCUCUGAGAGAUUCCCGUCGGUCUCCGGCAUAGCCCACGCCAUGGUUCAGGAGAGGCUCGACCAAAUGAUAAGGGAAAAUCGAGAGAUGAGGCAGAGUAAAGAAAGAAGGAAACAGAGAAGUGAAGACACCAAAUUUGUUGUAAUGGUGGCGAGGGAGAAAUGCUCUGACGACCCCAGAGAGGACUUUAGAGUUUCGAUGAUGGAAAUGAUUUUGGCCAACCGAAUUGAGGAGCCAAAGGAUCUACGUAGCCUGUUGAACUAUUAUAUCUCCAUGAACUCAGAUGAGUGCCAUGGCGUCAUCUUAGAGGUAUUCCAUGAGGUUUGUAGCCAUCUGUUCUUGGCUUGUAAACGCCAUUUGUAGGAACAUUUCAGCGUUCUUUUCACAUGUUUAGUCUUGCUUCUUUAAAUUCCCAGAAACAAGAUAGCAAGAACUCAGAGAGAGAGUACAGAAUUUUGAUGGGAAAAAUGGAAAGUUCUGGACUGAUUGUGUAUGUGCCUAUCAAUGGUCUUUUAAUGGGUGGAUUAUAAUGCUCCUUUGUUGUAGUUCUCUCGUUAAAACAGAGAAAAUCAAAGCAAAUUGAUGUGA